UAAAGGGUCGGAGACAAAGAUCAUCAAUACAUACAUUGUAUGAGUCCCUUCCUAUGUUAUAGAACCCUCUUUGUCAAACAACGCGCUUUCUCUCUCUCAUCAAUUCAACAUGUCCACUUCAUCGGAGUACUCUGAGUUUUCCGGCAACAAACCGGCCAGGUCGCCGGAGAAGUCCACUUUCUCUCAGAAGUGCAGUUUGUUGAGUCAAUAUAUCAAAGAGAAGGGUAGCUUUGGAGAUCUUACCCUUGGCAUGACAUGCAAACCCGAACCAUGUGGGUCUUCUGAGACAUCAUGUCAAUCUGCUACAACCAUGAACUUGUUUCCGACCAAGGAAAACAACGUGACACCAAACAACCUGACAGCUAUGGAUUUACUCUCUCCACAAACCUUUCGUCCUGCGGAGGAGAUUCCAACCUUGGUUAAUUCCAGUGCAAUUAAAUGUAUGGGCAAGGGGGCUAAGAGUGCACAGAUGACAAUCUUUUAUGGUGGACAAGUAGUUGUGUUUGAUGAUUUUCCUGCUGACAAGGCAAGUGAGAUCAUGUCCUAUGCCAGCAAAGGGGUACCCCAAAGCCAGAACAAUUCUGUUUACACCUACACACAGAGCCAGCCUUCAUUUCCUCCUACCCUAGUCAGAACUUGUGCUGAUUCAAGUGCUCCAAUUAUUCCCAGUGUGAACAUUGCUGCUACCAACAACAUUCAUGAACACCCUCAAGCACCAUCUAGACCUGUUGUUUGUGAACUGCCAAUUGCUAGAAAAGCUUCACUUCAUCGGUUUCUGGAGAAGAGAAAGGACAGAAUUGCUUCCAAAGCACCAUAUCAAGUAACAAAUGGAGAUGCUAACAAGCCAGGUGAAUCCAUGCCGUGGCUUGGAUUGGGUGCUACUUCACCUCAAAUCUGAGAGCAGCUACAGUUAUAUGUAUUUUUAAGCAUAUUUUUGUUGUGAAAAUGCUUCCUAGUCAGAAGCUAUUUUUGCCAGAACACUUGACUAAGUUUCUGGUUAUACUUUUUUCCUGACUGGAUAUAGCAUUAUUACUUCCUUUUUUUGUUGUGUUUUUUGGAAUGUUUAAAGAUGUUUUAUGGGCUUCUUGUUGGCCUUUAUUUGUCAUAGUAACUUCGGCUCUGUUGGGCCUUAUCAUAGAUCUAACUGUUUGUUAGUGGCUGCUGCUCUAAUUAUAGUGAUUCAAUAUAUUCAUUGUUAUGAUUAUGAUUAAGAUUAAUAUUUUUUUCAUUCA